GGAACCCGUUCAAAGUCCGAAUAGGAGUAGAGCGUGCAGUCUAGAACACUGACUCUGUUCAAAAGGAACGAUUGUGGAUUCGUGGGCGACUGGACUCGGGUUCUUCCGGCUGGAUUCGUUUUCAUCGAUUGGGUCUAAUUUGGGGAUUUUCGUCUCCUUCUGAUCGCGGGGGAAGUAUCAACAGACGGGCUUCACCACUCCAAGCACAAGGGCAGCGUCUGAAGUGUUGUUUAGCCUCUCGUGACUUGACUAAGUCCGUACAAGUGAGGUUUGAGACCGUCGAGGGAGGCUGGCUGGCUAUGACCGACAUGGCUUGUAUCGUGUGCCGUUCCUUUUCAACAAAAGUCCUAGCGCUGCUGCUGUGUGUUCUCGCCACUUUCCACGUCGCUGUGGACGUGCACGAGGCGUGGACCAAAUUUCGCAGCCGAAAUCGUGACCAUCGGGAGGAAAACCUCGCGGCUGCAAACGACUUUCGCGACGGGAACGUGGGAUUUGUGUACAUCGACGGGAACUCGCCGGCUGGCACCGGGCGGCGGCAGCUGCAGGCCCGGCAGGAGGGCGCGCCCCACCCCGACGGCCCAGCGAGGCAUGCUCGGUCCAUUUCCGAGAGCCCUAUGGAGGAGAUCCCUCUGCAGCCGUGGGCGGACCCGGACAGAUCACUCCGCGGGGAGGUGGACAGGUUCUUCAACUUCAUCUCAUCCCCACAGAUUCCGUGCGGGGACUUGAGACCAAUGCCGCCGGUCGGGGGAAACCAGAACGAGGCGUCGCCAUGGCGACUGUGUUAUGACCACGCCCAUGGAGGAGCCCUGGGGAACCCUCAAGCAGAGGAAUGUGUGGUCUAUUCCUUCAGUCUGGAGCGCAAAGACCCGUUCGCCUUGGCGCUUGCGCACACGGGCUGCGAGGUGCACGUGUUCGACCCUGACUUGGAAGGAGAAGAACAUCAGCAGCUUUGGUCGCUCCUAUAA